CUGCAACUCUUAAAUUAGGGACGUUCACGUAAGGGCGUUUGCCAAGGAAGUGAGAGCGACGUAAAUAAAAAGUGUAUAUAUUUGUGUCCUUCGACCGGUCGCGAGGGAAAGCAAAGAAGAUAAAAGAAUAGGGAAAUGAGGUGAAAAAGUUUGACCCAAAAAAGCCAUUUAAAGUUUUGUUUUUGUUUAGCUCAAGUUGUCGUGUUAUCGUAGUUCGUAAUGGGAUGUUGUAACAGCACGGAGAGUAAACGUGAAUGGAAACCGCUGGAGGAGCGCAGCUGCACGGAUAUCCCAUGGCUCAUUAUAUUCACACUAUUUUGUAUUGGGAUGGCGUGCAUUUGUGGCUAUCCCAUCGCCACAGGAGCUGCCUCCAGGCUUAUCUCAGGAUAUGACAGUUAUGGCAACACCUGCAGCCGGAAUAACAGCAAGGUUGAGGGAGUACCCCUCAGUGGCCGGGACAUGACAGAAAACAAGUUUGUUUUCUUUCUAGAGCCUUGCAACCUUGACCUCAUUAACAGGAAGGUCAAGUCCAUUGCCCUGUGUGUCUCCAAAUGCCCUUCUACUGAACUGAAGACAUACGAUGAUUUAAAGAAGUUUGCUCUGAAUAAUGGCUCUCAACUCUGUUCCUACGAUAUUACUCCUACAAGAUACACAGGCCAUUCAGAGAGAUUCACUAAAUGUCCCAAACUCCCUGUUUCACCAAGUAAGGCUGUCCCACUGUUCCACCGCUGUAUUCCUGUGGAUAUCGGCUGCUAUGCUGAAUUUGCUCAGGCUUUCAUCACGUUUGUCGGCGACAACACUGUGCUGCGGCGGGUCAUCGCCGGGGUGAUGGCCAGCAAGGAGAUCAUCAUGGGCCUUUGUAUUCUGGCUUUAGUUUUGUCCCUGAUCAUGAUGGUCGUCAUUCGUUACAUCUCCAAAGUGCUGGUGUGGAUUCUAACGAUUCUGGUAAUCAUCGGCUCUAUAGGUGGGACGGGCGUCCUCUGGUGGCUCUACGCUGACCACAGGCAUGCCUUUGAAAAUAACACCUUAUCAGCACUGGGGAGAGAAGUGGCCUCAGACAAUGUCAAGGCCCUGCUUGUGUAUGCAAUUGGUGCUACAAUUUUCACGGUAGUUCUUCUGCUGGUGAUGUUCUUCAUGAGGAAGCGUGUGGCCCUCACCAUCUCCCUGUUUCAUGUGGCGGGUAAAGUGUUCAUCCAUCUUCCCCUGCUGGCCCUGCAGCCAUUCUGGACCUUCAUCUGCCUCAUGCUCUUCUGGGUCUACUGGAUCGCUGUGCUUCUCUUCCUUGGGACUGCAGGGACACCAGUAAAGAACAACUCUACAGGUGUGGUUGAAUAUCACAUGGAAGGACCUCUUCAGUACCUGGUGUGGUAUCACGUUGUGGGCCUCAUCUGGAUCAGUGAGUUCAUCCUCGCUUUCCAGCAGAUGACCAUCGCCGGAGCUGUGGUGACCUACUAUUUCACACGGAAUAAGUCUCAGAUGCCAGCAACUCCCAUCCUUUCUUCUAUGGCACGUACCAUCCGCUACCACCUGGGUACUCUGGCCAAAGGCUCCUUCAUCAUCACGCUUGUUAAGAUCCCUCGCCUCAUCCUCACAUACAUCCACAGUCAGCUCAAAGGAAAGGAAAAUGCCUGUGCUCGUUGCAUGCUGAAAGCUUGUGUCUGCUGUUUGUGGUGUCUCGAGAAGUGUCUAGCAUACUUGAAUCAAAAUGCUUACACUGCCACAGCCAUCAACAGCACCAAUUUCUGUACCUCGGCCCGUGAAGCUUUCCUCAUCCUGGUGGAGAACGCCCUCCGAGUGGCCGCCAUCAACACUGUGGGCGACUUUGUCCUCUUCUUGGGAAAGGUGCUCAUAGUCUCCUGUACAGCUUUUGCUGGCGUCCUGGCUCUGAACUACCAGAGGGACUACACCGUGUGGGUGCUGCCUCUCCUCAUCGUCUGUCUGUUUGCCUUCCUGGUGGCGCACUGCUUCCUCUCUGUGUUUGAGAACGUGGUUGACGUCCUCUUCCUCUGCUUUGCUGUGGACACAAAGUAUAAUGACGGCAGCCCUGGACGAGAAUACUACAUGGACAAGGCCUUAAUGGAAUUUGUUGAGAACAGUAAGAAAAUGGGUCGGUACAAACCAGAUGAUGGAGAUGGACGGGAGAUGAAGUCCAUGGCACGUGCGGGGACUUUAGCUUGACCAAGUGUCAGAAAGAAACCAAAACCACUAAAAAUACUCUAAAGCUUAACUCAGUUUACCAGCGUGAUACUCCAGGGACAUCAGUAAGAUAACAGUACAUUUUAUAUAGAAGCUGUACACAGCUUCAAUGAAAGGUGCAUUGAGUUUUAUUGUUUAUUUUGUAGAAAUGGAGGGAUUGGUUUGACACUAAUAGUUGUAUGGCAAAAGUUAAUUUGGCCUUGUGUUUUGUUUUAUUAAUAAGGUGGAUUUGUUAGUUUUAUCUUUUUUUUAUUUUUUCACUUUUAUUACAUUUUGAAUAACAACAUACAUGGUUUAACAUGUCUAGUUUCCUUGUUUUUAGUUGUAGUUGCUGAAGUUUAAAUGACUGAUGUACAUUUUGAAAUUGAUAGCUAACUAUGUUUUGUCAAAGGCUGUUGAAGUUGUUUAUUAAAUUUUAUACUUAAAUAAAAUGCAGAGUUUUA